AUGUCGAUAUUGAUAGGAUACGACAAAGAAAAUUUGGAGCAGCAACAUUUACGUCGAUUAGCAGUUGUUGCAGUUGCAUUCUCAACAUUAGCUGUUAUUGCUGCAGUAAUUACUUUACCUGCACUGCAUUCUUAUGUUCAAUCACUUCAUAGUCAUAUUAACGAUGAAACAGAAUACUGCAAAUCGCGUUCACGCAAUAUGCUUGCCGAAAUGUCUAGAUUGCAACUGGCAAGUGUCAGACGUUUAAAACGUGAAUGGAUGUUUGGUCAUUGGAUGCCAACUAGUGAAAAAAGUAAACAGAAGUAUGAAUAUACCACUGCUGAUGUAAUUAAUACAGAACUGAAUACCUGCUGUACAUGCAACCAGGGACCAGCAGGACCUGUUGGACCGGAAGGAGAUCCCGGUAAUGAUGGCAAAGAUGGAGUAGACGGCAAAGAUGGGAAAAAUGGAGCUGAUAGUCAUUUGAAACCAGCACUGCAUGCCGAUACCUGCCUCAUUUGCCCUCCAGGACGUCCUGGUAUAUCUGGUAAUAUGGGACCAAAAGGCCCACCGGGACCAAAAGGUACACCAGGAGAUCCACCAAAAGAUGGAGUACAUGGUGAAACGGGCACGCCGGGACAACCUGGAGCAAUCGGAAGACCUGGAAGAGUUGGACCACCGGGAACUCGAGGAGCACCAGGCCGAAUCAUUUACAUGACUGGACCACAAGGACCACCCGGUCUUCAAGGUCCACAAGGGCCAGUUGGUCCGAAAGGUAUUCCUGGACCAGAUGGGCAAUCUUUCCCAGGACCUCCCGGAUUACCCGGAGAGGCAGGGCAACCGGGACCAGAAGGACAACGUGGAAAAAUGGGUGAACAUGGUGCUCUCGGUGAACCUGGAGAAAGCGGUACCUGCAAACAUUGUCCAACUCCAAGAAUGCCUUCCAGUUUCUAG